CAUGAGCAUGCCGAUGCGCCAACCCGCACCGUCGGUAUCUAUGAUGUCAUGGGACCGAGUUCGUUCGCUUCUGCGGCACAGGGUCAUUAAGGGUUCACUGAUGCGAGCAAUAUGCUCGCUGAUUGGCCACUAUCUCUCUGGUAGCGAUUCGGAUUUGGAAACAACAGUUAAUAUAAGAAAUCCAAGUCAGUUUCCUAAGGACCCUGUGACUGAACUCGAGAUCCUCACAUUCACUUGGCUUUUUUGCAAAUAGUCUUUUCUCCAGUCAGUAGCUUAUCCUACACAGUACUCAACUUUGAUGUCUGCCUGACUUAGCACCAUGAUCCUGAUAGAUUUCCUGCUGGACCUGGUCUGGAUGAUCUUGAGUGUCCUGUACUAUGUAGGAGAGAGCCUGGUCCUGUUCCUAGUUCCAACUGCUUUUCGCAAGAAGUCUAUUGAGGGGGAGUUGGUGCUGAUCACAGGAGCUGGGAGUGGGAUAGGCAGGCUUCAAGCCAUUAAAUUUGCUGCCGUGGGAUGCGAUGUUGUACUAUGGGAUAUCAACACAAAAGGAAUCGAGGAGACAGCAAAAUUAGUCCGAAAAACAGGAAGGAAAGCCUGGUACUACGUGUGUGAUGUCAGCAAAAGGGAGAAGGUGUACGAAGUGGCAUCCAAGGUCAAGAGAGAAGCCGGAAUGGUCACAAUACUGGUCAACAACGCUGGAAUCAUCGCCGGUCAAAAGUUUAUCAAUCUGACAGAUGAUGCCAUACAGAGGACCAUGGACGUCAAUGCUUUGGCACACGCCUGGACUCUGAAGGCAUUUCUUCCAGACAUGAUGAAGAAAGAUCACGGUCACAUUGUCACCAUCGCGAGUAUCAUGGGUGAACUGUCCGCUGCAGGGAUGUCAGAGUACUGUAUGAGCAAGUUUGCCGCUGUAGGCUUGCAUGAAUCGGUGUUACGAGAGACGAGGGCUGCUGGUAAAACAGGAAUCCAUUUCACGUUAGUCAACCCCUACAUGAUAAACACUGGCAUGUUUGCAGGCACAAAGAUCAGAUAUGAGAUGAUCGUACCUACUCUGGAACCAGAAUAUGUCGCAGGGAAGGUGGUGGAAGCGGUGCAAACUCAAACAGCAUUGGUACGCACACCAGUCUUACUGCAUCUCAUGGUGCUCCUUAAAGACUUAUUACCUCAGAAAGCCAUUUUCAGUAUGGAGGACUUCUUUGAGACAGCCAAAGCUAUGGAUAACUUUGUUGGAAGACGUCACAUCAAGAACAGCUAAUCAUUUAUUCUUGACUACUCCCACU